AUGGAUCUUGAACUUACAUUGGCGACGGAAAAUGGCGAAUACCAAAGCCAACAACGACGUAAUUCAAGAAGUGACAAUUUACAAGCAACAACUGAACCUGCUAAUCAACUUUCAAAUAAUCAUCUAAUGUGUUCAUGUGAAAGCACAGUACCACAUAAUAAUGCCGAUGAUAAUGAUAAUAAUAUAGAUAUUUAUUUUGGUUAA